CAUUCCUCCAUAUAGUCAUAUUUUUUGUUAUCUACACACACAGUUCAUCCUCAUUAACAUACACUCCCUCUUUACUUUGCAACUUGCACUCCCAGUGGUCUCUGAGUAGACCUCAGUUGGAGGCUGUUACGUUAUUUCAGUUUCUAUGGCCAUGAAGAUACAAACCCAAGACUCAUCUUCAUCUCUAAAGAUAGAAGAAGAGACUAUGCCGAUGCAGAAGCAAGGCAUAGUCACCAUUUUGGGGUUUGACUGUGAUACAAACACAGAUUCUGCCUCUUCUCUUCGAAGAACUCUAUCCGCAGAGAUGUUAUCCAACAAAUGGCUUCCUCAAAAGGGGUCCUCUCCCAUGAAAAAGAUUGCUUCAUCUGAAGAACUCUUGCACUCCAAAACCAUUGUUGAUCACUCAUUCUCUUCUUCCUCAGAAGAAGAUGACUAUGAUGAAACCAAGGAGCUGAAAGAAGCUGAAGCUGAAGCUGAAGCAGAGAAAGAAAGACUUGAGAUUUGGAGUUCAAUCCAACGAAACAAAAAGGAGGAGCAAGAAAAAGCAGGACCAUUUGAUAUGUGGAGCUCAAUCAUGUCACUAAAGGCCAAUGAUGAAAUCUCCAAAUCACUUCCAGCAACUCCUUAUGUUCACCCUCUUGUGAAAAGGUCAAAAAGUUGUUUGAGUGAGAAGAGUCUCGAAAUCUGUACAGAGAGUCUUGGAUCCGAAACUGGAUCUGAUGGGUUAAUCCCCUCUUACCCAUCAUCUGAGAUAGGGGAUGCAGAGGAAGACAAAGAAGAGAAAGAUCAACAACAACAACAAGAGAAAGUGACAGAACUAGCUUAUGAAGAAGAAGAUGAGGAAUUUGAAAUGCCUAGGAACAAUUAUGUUGCAGCUACCAAGAAGUCACCACCACACUCUUUCCCUCCACCACUCCCUUCACUCUCUUCUCGUCAAGUUGGUCCUUCACUCCACAUGAGGCCCCACCGUGACAAUGGAAGGUUGGUCCUUGAAGCUGUGUCCCUUCCUUCAAUGAACAACUUCUUCGUUCAGCGCCAAGAUGGUCGCCUUGUCCUCACUUUCCAAGAGCCCAGGGAAGAUGCUAAGAAGGAAGAGAAUGAUCGUAUGGAAGAGUUAUUGGAGGAAGAUGAUGAUCAAGAAGGUGAUAAGGAUGAUGAAGAAGAAGAAGAUGUUGAUGAUGAUGAUGAUGAUGAAGAAGAAGAAAGAGAGGAAGAGGAGGGCGAUGUUAGGGAUGUGGAGACUGUGAUAGAGAAAUCAAAGUUAUUGCCAAGUGGGAUUAGUAGUGCGCAUAGGUUAACAUUGGCGAUGAAUAAGCCAAUUGGGUUAGUGAAUAGGAACCCAAAAUUGUCAGAGAAGUUCAAUGAAAUGAACAAUUUUGAGGAUGUUAAUGUGGUGGAACAAACUCAAAUGGCACAAUCACUGCCUCCAAGGCCAAGGGUGGCUCGGUUGAUUCCAUCAGCUUCUUUCAAUUUAAAUGCUUAUGAAUACUAUUGGAGGACCAAGCCAACAACAAAAGCUGCUAACCCUCUUCCCCAUCAUCAAAAGAACAUCAACAACUCAACCCUGCAGAACAAUAGCAGCAAGAUCACUGUCUCUGGGAACAUGAACCAAAACUCAAAUGAGAGACAACAAGUGCUUGUUCUGAGAGGGAAGAAUGGUGACUACUUGCUUCACAAUUUGAAGAGUUGCAAGGAUUCUAGAAGGUCGUUUAUGUUCUGGGAACCCCAUUGCAUUGCCACCUCUUGAGUCACGGAAACAACCUAAUCGUACACGUGCGGCCCCAUUCCUAAUCCAAAAUCCAUUGCUUAAACACUAUUUAUUACUCCAUCCUUUUACAUAUCUACCCAGUUCCUCUCUUAGCUGUAGUGUAAUAAAAGAAAAGGAACCGGGAGAAAGGGAUAUUGAGAGGAGAGAAUACUUUAUUUGUAAUAUCAAAGAAAAAUGGCUUU